UCCACACUUUGCAAUUUCUAGUGAAUCUUCAUAUCAUUCUGGAAUGGGUGAUGAAAGGUCUGCUGAAAAUGACGAGAGACUUAUUUAUGAGGCAGCAUUACAGGAUAUCAGUCAACCUAAAACAGAAUAUGACUUACCUGCUGGUGUAUUGUCUGUCUCUCUUAUGAGACAUCAGAAAAUUGCAUUGGCUUGGAUGCUUAAAAGGGAAACCAAGAGUUUGCAUUGCUUGGGGGGAUUUUUGGCUGAUGAUCAGGGUCUUGGAAAGACUGUAUCAAUGAUUUCCCUCAUUCUGGCAUUGAGGUCAUUACAAUCAAAAUCAAAAACAGAUCAUGUGUGCAACCAUAAAACUGAAGCUUUGAAUUUGGAUGACGAUGAUGUCAACGGUCGAACUCUGGAUGUUGUAGAGAUUCGCCGUCAUCUUCUAUUGAUCUAGAGGUUGAUGACAGUGAUUCAGAGGGUCGGGUUGCAAAACACGCAAGAAAGGAUUCAAAGUCCACAACUGAAGGACCGAUAAAGGCUAUAGUUUUUUCCCAGUGGACUAGCAUGUUGGAUUUAGUUGAGACAUCAUUGUGUAAAUUUGGUAUACUGUACAGGAAACUUGAUGGUAGGAUGACUCUGGGUGCAAGGGACAAAGCUGUUAGGGAUUUCAAUACUGAACCUGAGAUAACUGUUAUGCUGAUGUCACUUAAGGCAGGAAACCUUGGAUUGAAUAUGGUUGCUGCUUGUCAUGUUAUUCUUUUGGAUCCGUGGUGGAAUCCAACAACUGAAGAUCAAGCUAUUGAUCGAGCCCAUAGAAUUGGACAAACUCGUCCGGUUACUGUGACAAGGAUUACUAUUGAAAAUACGGUUGAAGAUCGGAUACUGUCUCUUCAGGAGGAAAAGAGAAGAAUGGUUGCAUCUGCUUUUGGGGAAGACCAUGCUAGUGGGUCUGGAACUCGCCUUACAGUGGAUGAUCUGAAAUAUCUCUUCAUGGUCUAGACUCAAGACCUCUUUUGCUUCUUCUUCUCAUAUGAUGGAUGGAUAAUUUGAAGUUUUGUUUUGUUUUGGGAGAUUUGGCAUGGAGUUGGAAUGGUUGUUCUGAAGGAGGGGUAUGACUUUUUUGGUAGGAGAGGCUUGGUUGAUCCAAGUGGUAAUAUGAUCUGUUUUGAGUCCACAAGGGCAAUUUUGUCCUCCAUGCUUUUAUAUUGCUGAAGGCUGUCUGUAAAUAUUCUUAUCUAAUUGUAAUAUGGUUUAUGAUAAUAUGGCCUUGUGCAACAGCCCUUCCUUUUGUGGCAGUGUAUAGUUUUCUUGCCAGAUUUUGAAUUACUGAUCAUACUGUGGCCCCCUCCCCGGCAUUUAUACCAAGUUUUACCGCAAGCUUAUGUUUAUGC